ACUCACUAACCAACGUUCACAAUACGGAACAGAGACACAACGCUGGGUCAACGGCGAGCACAGACACACACAUGCAUGUAGUUAGUUAUUUGAACCUGUUCGUUUAUCAAUCAUGUACCAAUGAGAAUAUGACUGCGUUUGCUAAAAACUGCGUCACUGUGUGAGACUACUCUGCCUGUUAGUAAACUACCGAGACAUACCGCUCCCUCCCUCCUCCUCCUCCUCUCCUCGGCCGCGUUCAGCACCUCACCUCCGGUCUCAAUGGCGGACCCCGCAGAACCAGCACCGGGCAGCAUGCAGGAUGAGAAGAAAGAGGGUAUCAACGACGCAGAGCUGGCACUGAAAGGAAUAAACAUGCUGCUCAACAAUGGAUUCAAGGAGAGCGACGAGCUCUUCAAAUUAUACAGGAACCACAGUCCUUUGAUGAGUUUCGGGGCCAGUUUUGUGAGUUUUCUGAAUGCCAUGAUGACGUUUGAGGAGGAGAAAAUGCAGAUGGCCUUUGAGGAUCUCAAAGCUACAGAGCGACUGUGCGAGAGUGAAAACACUGGUGUCAUUGAGACCAUUAAAAACAAGCUCAAGAGGAAUAUGCACUCCCAGAGGUCGGGGGUGGCUGCAGUGGACCGGCUCCAGAGGCAGAUCAUCAUCGCUGACUGCCAGGUUUACCUUGCAGUGCUGUCUUUCAUCAAACAAGAGCUGUCGUCAUACAUCAAAGGGGGCUGGAUCCUCCGUAAAGCCUGGAAGAUGUACAACAAAUGUUACAGCGACAUCACACACCUGCAGGAGGGCAGCAGAAGAAGAGCCUCCCAGCAGCAAGCGGCGGCGCCUCCAUCUCUGUCCUCAUCUGACGCGUCACACCACAGCCGCUCCUCCUCCCCCGGGCCGAGCCCCUCCCUCAGACCGGACGGCAUCAGCCCCGAGGCUCUGGACCGACUUAAAGGUUCCGUCAGCUUCGGUUAUGGCCUCUUCCACCUCUGCAUCUCCAUGGUGCCCCCCCACCUCCUGAAGAUCGUCAACCUGCUGGGCUUCCCUGGCGACCGCCUGCAAGGCCUGUCAGCGCUCACGUACGCCAGUGAAAGUACGGACAUGAAGGCCCCUUUAGCUACCCUGGCUCUCCUGUGGUACCACACAGUAGUGCAGCCCUUCUUUGCUCUCGAUGGCUCAGACACACAGGCAGGUCUGAUGGAAGCCAAAUCCAUUCUCCAACAAAGAGAGGCUAUCUAUCCAAACUCCUCCCUCUUCAUGUUCUUCAAAGGCAGAGUCCAACGCCUCGAGUGCCAGAUCAGUAGUGCCUUGACGUCCUUCCGUGAUGCCUUAGAAUUGGCUUCUGAUCAGAGGGAGAUUCAGCACGUGUGUUUGUAUGAAAUAGGUUGGUGCAGCAUGAUCGAGCUGAGCUACAGAGAAGCCUACAGGGCCUUUGAGCGACUGAAGACGGAGUCUCGCUGGUCCCAGUGCUAUUACGCCUAUUUAACUGGAGCGUGCCGAGGAGCCACAGGUGAUCUAGAGGGAGCUUUCACAGUCUUCAAGGAUGUGGAAACACUUUUCAAACGCAAGAAUAAUCAGAUAGAGCUGUUUGCUAUGAAGAGGGCUGAGAAGCUACGGACCCCCAGUCUAUCCAAAGAGCUCUGCAUCCUGUCUGUGAUUGAGAUUCUUUAUCUGUGGAAAGCUCUGCCAAACUGCUCCACCGCCAAGCUUCAGACAAUGUCACAAGUGCUGCAGGGGAUUGAUGAUGCCUCAUGUGAAGGCCUGAAAAACCUGCUUCUCGGUUCCAUAAACAGAUGUCUUCAUAACACAAACGAUGCCGUUCAGUUCUUCCAACUGGCUGCAAGGGAUGAGGUUGGCCACCUGAGCAACUCUUAUGUGCAGCCCUACUCCUGCUAUGAACUGGCCUGUGUGCUGCUAAACACCCCAGAGUCUGCCGGGAAGGGCAGAAUGCUAAUGCUCCAGGCUAAGGAGGACUUUGCAGGCUAUGACUUUGAGAACAGGCUCCAUGUCCGUAUUCAUUCAGCUCUCGCCUCCAUGACGGCUGCUGCAGCCCAGCCUUGACAUUUUAUCCACACCUCAGAAAGAACUGGACGAAAUGUCUUUUAAAAAGCCACAAUACCUUUGGAAUCACUAAUGUUAUACUGUCAGGAUUUAUUUAUUUUAAUCUGUAUAUUUCCAUAUUCUGAGCCAAUGCAUACUUUUAAAGUGUGCAAUAUACUGUAUACAGUAGGCGUUAUAGGAGAACAGUCAAAAGGUAUAUUAUUCAUGUUACCGUUUUUUGUACAUGUGCAAAUCGAAUCAGAUGACAAUCUUUAAAUACAAUUGUGAAAAGCAUCAGGCAUUGAUCCACAGAGGGACUACUUUUCCUCUGAUUAGGAGAAAAGUCAGGUUAAAUAGAGCAAUGGCACAAAGCGUUGACUGACAAAGCAAUCAAAUUAAUGACUCAGCCACCUCAGUGUUGUUUGACAACGUGACAUUUGUGAUGUAAAUGCUUUGCUAAUCCAUAGGCAUGAGUACUAAAUGAUUUUUUAGCGUAGCCUCUUUUUUACCGGACUUGUUUUUAUCAGUGUAAAUAUGUCUCGCACACAGGUUUUAAUAGUUGUGCCAACAUCAUAUGAGAGGCCUAGGUGCAGCGUGCUACUGUAGGCCAUAUAAUGGUCUUUAUUUAUAUUGUUUGUUUUAAGAUAAUAAAAUACAUAUUGUAAAAUGGAUUAUGGUCGUACCCUCUUCACUUGAUUAAUGCAACAAAUAGAACUGAUGGCAAACUUUAUUUUUUUCAUCAAUUAUAAACAAACAAAUGAACAA